CACUGUAGUCGCGGUAUUAUUGACGUUAAACUAUCAGUUACUGGCACGGAAUGGUAUGAAUUAGUGUUUCUUGUCAAAACGGUUUGUUUGUGAAGAUACGGAGGCAAACAGACGAACAUUAGCAGAACGCUAGCUGGCUAACGGUAUCCAGUUAUUUUUACACAAUAAUUAUUGUGAAAUCCGUGAAAUCUGCUGACUAAUUACAACAAUGACACUGAGCAUGGAUAUUAGUGUUUCUUUCCUCAAAUGUGAACUCGCUUCCACUAUCGACCAGGCGGUAAGAUGCGCUGUGGAUACUGUUUUGAAGGAGACUGCUCGAGUUGUCGGUGUAAAAUUAACCGCAGCGCGUACCGCUGCUGCCGAAUCUCACCGAGAAAACCAAAGUUUGCGUGAGAGACUGGAGAUUUCGGAGAGUGAACUGAAGGCAGUGCGCUAUUACAUGACAGCAGCCGAGAAGAACAUCAAACAGUGUUUGCUUCUUAAUCAAAACCAGCCUCGAUCGAAUAUUGUACGCCCCGCUCCGGACGAUACCCUGUUUCAUUUCCCUCAGAGUAUAUCGGAUGGGAGUCCAUCGAACCUUCUCAAUAGGGACUCAUCCCGCAAGUCUUUCCGGAGCCCAUCCAGCAGAGCGCAUUAUACCAGAACGCUGCCCAGCGUUGGUCUCUGUCUACCUACGGUGCAGUCGGAAUGGCCCCGAAGUGGCGUGAAUCGGAGGAGAAUACGGGCGUCUUCGAUUGCCAACACUUCUGUAACCAACCACAUACCGAGCCGCCAGGUGAGCAUAGAUACGGAUCAAGGCCUCCAUAGGAGCGAGGGGGAUACAGAAAGCCAGUUCUUCAUCACAGACGACGGUAUACCAGAUAAAGAAUAUAAUGGCUCGAUGAGUUCUAUGACAGAACUGGCUGAGAGACCUCACGAGGAGCAGGGGCCAGUCUUGUCAGCUGCAGAGCCGUCUGAGGAAGCAUGUGAAAUGGGGAAGUUUGAAUUUGAAAUGGGUGCACCCGCAGGCAAUGUAAAUGAACUGGGGCUUAUCCAAGUGUUAGAAGACACAGAGGCAGUGAAAGAGAGCACAGUCAAAAUCGAGGAUGACUCCGAAACACCUGUACUAGAGCCAACAGUACCUGAACCAACACCAUCCUCGUUAUCAUCGUCAUCGUCGUCAUCACAAGUGUUGCCCCAGAUGUCCAGCCCUUCUCUGGGUGAGCGAGAUGGUGAUGCCCCAUUGUUAGGCUUUGUGCCACCCAUAGGGGGCGACAUUGGACCAUUGGAAACCAUGCCGGUGCAGAGGGAUAGUUCAGACAAGGUGCAUCGCUGCAACGUGUGUGGCCGAGGCUUCAGACGGUUCUACUGCCUGAAGACGCAUCAGCGCAUCCACACCGGUGAGCGGCCUUAUCCAUGCCGCUACUGUGAGAAGCGUUUCCGUCACCUGGAUAGCCUGCACAAGCACCAGCGCAUCCACACCGGAGAGAGACCGUACCGCUGUGCACAGUGCGGCUGCUGCUUCCGUGAACUGGGGCAGCUUAAAAAACACAGACUCAAACACUCACCUGUCCCUUCAAACGUACCCCACCCAUCCCUCUCACUCCUCCCUGCCGGACCUUCCUACGUCUGGCCACAUGUCAACUCACAGUCCAUGGAUUCAGCAUAGAUCUAAUGCCCCUUUAUGUGGACCAUAGAUACAUUAUUUUAGGAUGAUGUAUAGUUAGGGGACUUUGCCUGGUUUUUAUGCCCUAAGAUGGAUUAUUUACCCAGACAUUUAAAAAUACAGUUGCAAUCUAUUUCUUUUACCCUUUUCCAGUUAGUACCUACGUAAUGUGAGAUGAGAAGAAGGGACAUUGUUGCUGGUAUAUGUGAAAUUAUUGUACAACCUUUUGCCCUUUGGUGGUGUAACAGUGAUUC